AUGGCUGCUCCCGCCACAGAGGUCUGGUCGUCGGUACCCGAGGCUCCACCUGAUGCCAUCUUUCAGCUGACAGCAGCCUACAAGGCCGACCAAUACGAGAAGAAGGUCAACCUGGGUGUUGGAGCUUACAGAGACAACAAUGGCAACCCCUGGGUGCUGCCGUCUGUGAAGAAGGCCCAAGCUGCUCUGAUCGCAGAUGAGUCAGUAGACCACGAGUACCUGUCCAUCACAGGUCUCGCCGAGUUCACCGCCGCCUCAGCCAAGCUCAUCCUCGGUGCUGACUCUGCAGCAAUUGCAGAGAAGCGGGUGGCCUCCGUGCAAACCAUUAGUGGAACAGGCGCAAAUCAUCUGGGCGCGACUUUCCUGUCCAAGUUCUACGACUUCAGUAAGCACGGAGGUGGAAAGCGUGAGAUUCACAUCUCGAAUCCCACAUGGGCCAAUCACAAGGCCAUCUUCAACAUGUGCCAGAUCAACCCGGUGGACUACCCUUACUACGAUGCAAAGACUGUGGGCCUGGACUUUGAGGGCUUCACUGGUGCGCUCAAGUCUGCACCCGAUGGAUCCGUCUUCCUGCUGCAUGCUUGCGCUCACAACCCCACGGGAGUAGACCCGACCCGGGAUCAAUGGCAUCAAAUUGCAGACAUCUUCGAGUCCAAGAAGCACCUUGCCUUCUUUGACUGUGCCUACCAAGGCUUCGCAUCAGGAGACCUUGAUGCAGAUGCCUACAGCGUUCGCCACUUUGUCGCACGCAAGAGCAUCUCUGUUCUGGUCUGCCAAUCGUUCGCAAAGAACGCCGGUCUGUACGGAGAGCGUGCAGGAGCCCUUCACGUCAUCUCUGCCACGCCCGAGCAGAACAAGGCCGUCUUCUCGCAACUAGCUGUGAUUCAGCGAGCCGAGAUCUCCAACCCGCCGGCAUUCGGAGCUAGGGUGGUGACUCUGCUGCUGACAGACCCAUCGCUGUGGGCGCAAUGGCAGAAGGACGUCAAGGAGAUGGCCGGCAGGAUCAUCGAGAUGCGCAAGGCUCUCUUCAGUCUGCUGACUGAGAAGUUCAAGACGCCCGCACCUGGAGGCAGCUGGGAUCACAUCAUGAAGCAAAUUGGAAUGUUCAGCUUUUUGGGUCUCAGCCCCAAGCAAGUCAAGAUGAUCGUAGACGAGGGACACAUCUACAUGACGGCCAACUCGAGAAUCUCCAUGGCCGGACUCACCACCUCCAACGUCGAGUACGUGGCGAGCUGGAUUGACAAGGCUGCCCGGAGUGCUUAG